AUGGUUCAGAAGAAGCUAUCCGCCGCCGGUCCAGGCCCCGAGCCCAAGAAGCGCCGCCGUGUCGGAUUCUCUCCCGCCGAUACUGGUGUGGAGGCUAACGAGUGCAUCAAAAUUUAUCUAGUUUCCAGCAAAGAGGAAGUGGGUUCUCCUGAAGUUCCCUCUGUUACUCCUGUUGAUUUGAACGAUUUUUUCGAUGGAGAUGGAAAAAUAUAUGGCUACCAUGGUUUGAAGAUAAAUGUAUGGAUCAAUAGCAUCUCAUUGCAUUCAUAUGCUGAUAUUACAUACCAGAGCACAACCAAUGGAGUCAAAGGCAUCACGGACCUCAAAUCUGCUUUACAGAACAUAUUUGCUGAGACUAUUGUUGAUAGCAAGGAUGAAUUUCUGAAAACUUUUUCAACAGAAAAAGAUUUUAUCAGAAAUAUGGUCUCAAACGGAGAGGUAGUGCAUUCUGGAAUGAUAGAUGGAAGCAGCAUUAAUGCUCUAGUGGCUCCUUCAGAUCUCCAGGUUCUACGGUUGGAAAUUGAUUCUCCAAAUGCUGGACUCCUCUAUAGCCGUUUGGUGCCCCUUGUUCUUCUUUUUGUCGAUGGUACCAACCCUAUUGAUGUCACUGAUCCUGACUGGCAUUUAUAUCUCUUAAUUCAAAAGAAGGAACAUAAAGAGGAGCCUUUAUAUCAAAUCGUGGGCUUUACUGCAAUUUAUAAGUUUUACCGUUACCCCGACAGGUUAAGGAUGCGACUCAGCCAGAUCCUUGUCCUGCCUACCUUCCAAGGAAAAGGUUUUGGAAGCUAUCUCGUGGAGGUUGUAAACAAAGUGGCCAUUGCAGAAAACGUUUACGAUCUAACAGUAGAAGAGCCAUCAGAAAAGUUCCAACACAUUCGCACCUGCAUAGAUAUAAACCGCUUGCGCGCAUUCGACCCUAUAAAACCAGACAUUGAUUCAGCUGUUGAGACUCUCACAAAAGGUAAGCUAUCAAAGAAAGCUCAGAUACCUCGAUUCACUCCACCUCUGAAUGCCAUUGAGAAAGUCCGUGAAACGCUGAAGAUCAACAAGAAACAGUUCCUUAAAUGCUGGGAGAUUUUGAUAUAUCUCGCGCUUGAUCCAAUAGACAAAUACAUGGAGGAGUACUCUUCUGUUAUCACGAACCAUGUGAGAGCUGACAUUCUUGGGAAAGACAUAGAAGCUCCAAAGAAACAGGUCUUGGAUGUUCCAACCCCGUAUGCAGCUGAAGCAUCGUUUGUGGUUUUCAAGUCUCUCAAUGGAGAAGAAGGUGAUAGUAAGGACACUGUUCAAGUUGAUGAAAACAAACCGGAACAAGAACAGCAGCUUAAGCAAUUAGUUGAAGAAAGGAUUCGUGAGAUUCAGUUGGUUGCUGAGAAAGUCUCAAAGCUAAGGAUCUGAUUCGAAUAAAAACUUUGUGAGAGAUUUUUGUCAGAAUCUUCUUUUGUGGAGUGAUGUCAUCUUUUAAAAAAGACAAUCUGUUUGUAUUUGUACCGCUCUGUUAUGGAGGUUUGAGUAAACUAAGGGGGUGUUAGUGGGAGUUAUAUUUAUAUAGAGUUUGUUGAUUUUAAAAGUUGAUGGAUUUGUUAAAUUUGGAAAGAGUUG